CUGCGCGCUACGCACUUAUUCACCCACCGGCCCAGUGUGUUUUGUGAGGAGCGAGUUAGGGCGCGACUGCAGCCACGGCACCAACGGGACACCCAAAGAAAGAUAAGCUCCUCGGAAACGGGCCAUGUCUUCGCUGUUUCCUUGCUGGCGAGCGAGGACAGCUCCAAGAAUGACCUGCCAGGUAUGCAGACGGAGGGACGCCGCUGACGAACAGGUUGCCUACGCUCCAAAAUGCAAGAGACCGCCUAUCCUGCUGACCACCUCAAAGCCCUAGAGGCGAUGGCUUCGUGUCGUCUGAUCGCGCCGGGGGCGCAGGAGGUGGUCAUUUUGCCACAGCACUGCUGGCUGCCGCCCCUCAGGAAGAAGCCGAUGCACCAGGAAGUUGGCACCAAACUCCGCCGGCUCUGGCUCAGGGUGCUUCUUCUCGCGCCCUACUUCAUGCUGGUCAUCAGUUGCAUUCAGAUUUCGGUGGCUUUAGUGGGCAGUGUGCAUGGAGACGCGCAAAGGUGGAUGCAGGAGGCCCUGGUGUUUGACCCGCAGCGACGGCAGGAGGUCUGGCGCUUCCUGAGCUACGUGCUGCUGCACCAGGGCGCGGCGCACGCCGCCCUCAACAUUGUGAUCCAAUUAGUGCUGGCCGUCCCCCUCGAGCGCGAGCAGAAGUGGCUGCGAACGGCCUUUGUGUAUUUUGGCGGAGGAUUAGCCGGUUCUUUGAGCACGUCGGUUCUGGCGCCGGAACUGUUUUUGGUGGGCGCCUCCGCUGGCGUCUAUGCCCUUUUGACCUCACAGCUGGCCAAUAUUAUACUUAACUUUCCAACCCUCAAGUACCGGUUGGCCCGGGCGUUCGCCGUGUGCGUGCUGUGCCUGGCGGACGUUGCAUUUUCUUUGUACCACCACUUCCUCCUCAACAACACAUGUCCGCGCGUCGGCUGGGCCGCGCACACCGGCGGGGCCGUCGUGGGCCUCCUGGUGGGCCUGCUGGUCUUCACCGAGCCGGACACGCCGCUCGGCCAGCCGGCCACUUUGCCGCUGGGGGCCGCCGCGCCCAAGGCGGCCGACAGGAAGGCCCUGACGGCGGCCAUCAGAUGCGGCGCGGCCGCCUCUUUGGCCGUCCUUCUCACGGCCGCCGUCGCAGUCAACCUCUGGCGGCCCAACUGAGACUGACAAGACUCGAGUGAAACAAAAAAUAAGCCAGUGCUUUCAAACUGAAAAGUGAUUUACCAUUUUUUUUUUAAUUUUUUUUAUGUAUGUAUUGUGCUGGAGUCGUGUCAAUUUGUUGAAAGACAGUUUUGUAACUCUCGCGUGCAUAUCAAGAAGUGUCUUUUGAUCCCAAAGGGCAAGUCACCACCAUCUACACACACAAACACUCUACGCAGAGAGUCUCGGGAAAGAGACGAUAAAAUUAUAAUAAAGUUUGCACAUUUUUUAUGUUAGGGACACUCACAAUCAGCUGACGAUGGAGAGCAAAGUUCAACCUUCGACAUAACGGUCAAUCGCGUUGAGAGCUUUAAAUUUACAAAUUCGUUUAGCCCGCUCAAAGCCACACUU